AAGAAUACGCAUCGAUCUUCGAGCGCUGCGAUCGAUGCAGAGUUGCCGAUCAUCUCGUGUAUUUAUUAUACGACUUUUUGAUUUUGAUUAUUCUUAUUACGAAAAAUGAUAGGAUAGGCAUUUAAUGAAUAUUUAACAAGGUAUGGCAAUAAUCUGCAGUCUAUUGUUCAAGCAAUUACAAUAAUUCGUACUUAGUACAUUGUGGAAUGUGCGAGGAGGAGCUACUGUGUUACGCAGCUCUGCAUGAUGCCAUCCAAAAAAUACGUAAUAAACACGAAGAAUUCGUGUCUUAGGCACCAUCAAGCUGACAUUUUACCGCUCGACGUGAGAUAUGAACUGUUUAAUUGGAACAGAUUUACGGCUAAGCAAUAUAAAUCCGUAUUUCUUAUUUUUACUCGGUAGCACGUAUACGUGGCAACAGAGCAAAGUUGUCCGAGUGCUCUGUCACUUCCUAGUCAAAAGAAAUUCUUCGGGCACAAACAAUAAUAUAUUUACACCAUUAAAAUAGUGGAGUACGAUACAGCUUGACAGGAAUACCGUGGAAUAUUCACUUGAUAUAUUUCAACUGUCUGUCAAUAUAUUGGUAGAGAAUAUUUCUGUGUGCGUAUUAACGUAUCACCAAGCGUCGGUUUAUAUAUUACAUGUGCAACCUGUGUUAAACACCUUACGGUUGGCAUCUUAUAAAUGAACUCGAGGACAAGUAUUAUUUGAAAUUCAAUUGCAAAAGUGCCACAUGCAUCAAUUAAUUGAUCAAUUACGCGGCACGUAAGGAAAAUAUACGCAUAUACGAACGAAUCUGUAAACAUACACACACACACACACUUAUUUAUGUAAAACCUAUAAAAGUGUUGGAAUUUAUAAACAUUUUGUAAAUUUAAUAAAAAAUUAGAGGUCACUUCUGACUCCAAGGCAUUGUUUUAGGUGGCUACAAAUCUUUGACUGAUCAAUAUAUUUUCUGAUAUAUAACAAAGUCCAAAAAUAUCGGUUUUAAACUUGACAAACUUUGGAUUUGAAACUUGCUUUUACUUACUUCAAAAGAUACAGACGUUGGAUUCUGUGCAGAAGGAUACACUUACAAAUAGUGUACUGUAGUUUCUGGUAUAUUUAUGACUGUACAUACAAUAAGCUGAUGUUGGCUAAAUUUCAAAAACCUGAUGACAAAAUAUUAUAAAAGAAGAAAGCAGCGAGAAUAGUGCUGCUAAUGGUGCUUUGGCACUGUUAUUAUUAUCCUCCUAAUAACAUAAUGGAGGAACCAGCAAAGAAGAAACAACGUAUUGAAAACAAUGAAGUUGAAAAAGAUACAUUAUCAGAUAUUGAACAAUUACAGAAUAGUCUGUUGGCACAAUGCUUAUGCAAUAUACCAGAAAGUAGUUUACGUAAACCAUUCACUAGUACAACAGUGGAAGCUGCAGAUGGCACGUUUAGAUCUUCUUUAUUAUCAGAAUGGGAACCUGAUCAAACCUUGGAAUUCAUGAGCGCUUUACAGCUAUUAUUUGACUUAGCUAUUAAACAAAAUAUUAGAGGUAUUAUGUGCAAAAGAGUAGUAGAUGUUUGUGAUGCGCUAGCGCGAAAUGAGCAUGGCAUUAUAGAUCAAAUAAUUGACCUAUCGUGUACAACAAAUAAAUUUAUAUCAUUUGCUGCUAGCAGAGUUCUUGCAUCAUUUUUUAUUAUAACAAAGGAAAAUAUUGAUACAGCAUGGUUGGAAAGAUUAACACAAUCUUUAGUGAAUACACAUUCUCCGAGCCAAAUGCUAUUUACCUUGGAUGUUGUAAAAAGAGUUGUAGAACACAAGGACUGCAGUAUUCACCCUCUUGAAGAUACAGACAGUAUAGUACCGCCAUCUCAUUGUAAUACAAUAUCAAUUUCAGAUGCAGAAAGUUUUGACAGUACACCAGUAAAAGCAAUGUGUGUUAAAGCAUUAGAGUCUAAAUGGACUAUACUAGUAUCAAAAUUUGAUGCUAUUUUGAGUUCAUAUACGCCACAACAUGAAUCAGCUGUCAUUACAUUCCUUGAUUUAUGGGAAUCCAUUAUUUCUGUUAAAGCCAACUUGUCUGUUAUUGACACCAAACUUUUUUAUUCUCAGUUAGAUAACCUGGUUGUACUUUUAAAUGCUAAUGUUCCUGGUGUAAUUUGGAGACAUCUACUUGGGCUAUUUAAUGAAAUAUUAUGUUAUGGAAGUACUUUGGCAUUACAAGAUAUAUUGCCAGAUGAACCUUGUUCUCUUGCACACCUGAUUGUAAGAGCUGUAAAAGAUUGGAGAUUACUGGAUGCUUUACCAUAUAGACAUGGCUCUGGAAGAUUUGGAGGAGGAUCUGGCGAAGGUGACCGCCCUCUUCUACAAAAAAUAGUGCUCUUAGUUUUAAAAAGUGUUGCUGUGACUGUUAAAGAAACACGCAGCGAUUCUAGUGACUCUUCUUUGGGCUCUGAAGCAGAAGAUCUUGAUGCUGAUAUGGCAGUUAUUGAGAGGAGUAUUAGAGAAGUUUUAAGACAACUUGAUCAAUGUGUUAAGACAUUAAUGCCAUUUCAUCCUGAAAUGCCUUUAUCACAGUGGGUUGUACAAAUGUUUCAUGAUCAAGAUGAUUUUUUAAUUGAAGGCAUGGUAUGUUGUUUAGAUGUAGCUGUUGGUUUAUUUUAUAGGGGACCUCCACAAAAUGAUCUUGGUCAUAUGCUUAGUCCAACAUUAACUUUUAUACAAUUUAUACAUGCUGUAUCACAUGACCCAGAUGUUUUAUUAGAUUUACUUGUCAGUAAUGAGACCUGUUUCUUAUUGUACUUAUUGAGAUUUUUGAAAUAUGUUAAAAGAAAUUGGACAGAAUUUGUUUCUUGUUGUGGAAGAGAGCUAGAUGAUACCAUGACAAUAUUGAUAAGACUUCGUUUAGCAAUUGAUAGAUUAGUAUCAAAAGAUUUGUUUCCUUAUAACAUAAAUCCAGUUCUACGUUUGUUAGAAAAAUGUGAAUCCUUCUAUGAAGGAAAUAUAGAUAACUAAUUAUUGGUUGCAUAAUGAGAUUCAAAAUUUUAAUUCACUAAAUUAAUGUACAAAUUGUAAAAAUGAAAGCUUUAUCAUCUGGCUUAUUUUAUCAGUCAGGAAGUAAUACAAAAUUAUAUAAUCUUAAUAACUUCAUUUUGAUAAAUGACUGUUACUGUCUUUUGUAUUAAAUAUCUAGAUUAAUAUUAAAAGAUUCAGAAAAAAGAA